AAACACGAACAAACAGACUGCUGGACCUCUCACCCCGACAGCUAUCGUCGUUCCCAACGUUCCCUCUCCCUCGUGGUUGUCCCGUAGUCUUUUUCCUCUGCCCUUCAUACCCCGAAAAAAUAUCAAACGCUGGCAUAAAACAUUUGAAUUCUAUAGACAUCCUUGAUGAUGAUAUUCACUUCCUUACUUUUGCUGCUCGCAACCUCUGCCUAUGGCCAGACCGUUUACGAUGCAGCCCAUAAUGUCACCGCCAUCACUGGCACCUGGAGCUCUGGCAGCCAGAAUGUCGUCACUGGAUCCGGCUUUGCUACGCCAUCUCAAGAGUCGUUUACAUACCCAAGCACAACAGGGAUGUCAUAUUCUUUCACGGACGAUGGGUACUACGAGAUCGCGCGGUAUCGUAUGACCAGCAAUGGCACCGUACCAACCUGCAUCACAGGCGUUAUGAACUGGUGUCACGGUACAUACGUGCUCGCCUCCAAUGGCUCCAUCGUUAUGACGCCAUUCGGCGACGGCUACCAACAAAUACAAGAUCCUUGUGCCGCCAUCUCCAACUUCAUAGAGAUCUAUAACUACGUUGAGCUUUACGUCCUCUGGAACAUAUAUCAAGAUCCGGUCAAGGGGUAUACUCUUCAGCUGUACCAGUACGAUGGCACACCUUUGCCACCUCAAUACCUCAUCAGCACUUCACCCAACAUGCUCCCAACUCAGGCCCUCCGUAAUGUCAGCAAAACCACCAGUACUACCGUCCAAAAUGCAGCGGUCGUCAACGCCAAUGCUGGGGAGCGCAGAUGGGAGGCAGCGGGCAUGACAGGCCUGCUUACGGUGAUUUCAGGUCUUGGACUGGCUUCUCUACUAUUGUAGAAUGGGACAUGAUCACUAUACCUCCGCGCCAUCGUCGUAUUUUUUAUACCUAUAACACACGCUUUUUUGCAUUGGACCUUUGGACACAUACCUACCUGCCUCGUCAUGGAUCCUUUUGUCGAUGCAAUAUGGAUACCCUGUGAUCGACUGCAGCAGACGCUCGUUUGAUAUGCGUUCUAGUCCUUUGUUUAGUAUUACAUCCGCCGGCUUGGAUAA